AUGACGAGUUAUACGUUAGGACAAAAACAUAUUGCACCUACCAAACCAGAACGUGGCGUUUUCCCUCUAGAUCAUGAAGGUGAAUGCAAAGAAAAAAUGUUGAAAUAUAUGUUGUGUUUAACACGCAAUGAUAGUAAACCAAGCAAAUGUCAAACUGAAUCAAAAGAAUAUUUUCAAUGUCGAAUGGAUCGAAAUUUAAUGAAAAAACAUGAAUGGGAAGAUUUGGGAUAUUUCGAUGGUCGAGAAAAGCAAACGUCAGACUCAAAUUAG